UAAACAUGGUCUUGAAAUCGCCCUAACGACAGUCACUCUUGCCAACGUCAGUGAACACCCCUUCUUCUUCUACUUCAAUGGCGGACUGAGCGAGCCGUUCCAGUUCCAAAUUCCAAUUUCAAUGGGUCCUCCCUCACCUCCCAAUCCUCCAUCCACCGCCCCGCCCAAUCCCCAGGUCGACGCCGACGCCGACGCCGACGCCGGCGCCGGCGACGUUGCGGGAGAUGCGGAGGACAGGAAGCCUGAUUCGAACGAGCUCGCCCGGGACUCUAAUGAUGCCGGGGACAUUGAAAAGUACAGAAAAUAUGAAGCAGACUAUACUCGACGACUGAUGGCAAAGUACUUCUCAAAAAAGACUAUAUACGGAGGUGACAUAUUUGACGAGGAAUUGACAAUAGAUGGUGAGGUUAUAAAGUCAAGCAGGUGGCCUUAUACCCGAUCAUACGCAGACACUGUUAACAGUUUUGAGGACCAGAGCUGCAGCGGCUCAGCUUCAGCAGCUGAAACGGCUAUGGCCAUCUCAAAUGGGAAGCAUCCACUGAAGAAGAAGGACUGACCCUGAUGUUCUCAUUCUCGUACUUGGGUUUAAUGAUUUCACAAUUCAAGGAGAAAUUGACGUAAUAGAAUGUUAAAGCUAAUGAAGCGUGCUUUUUCUCACCACCUACAUCCAGUCUUUGGUAAUACUCACCAGGCAAAAGAAUGAAAUGCUAUACGGUCUACUGACCGAUUAUUGAGAAUCUGAGUUUCUAGAGGAAUCAGAGGAUGCCUUCUUGUAUAUUUUAUGAUAUACUCUUCAUUUUGGAAGAAAGCCUGAAAUGAAUGGCCCUGAGAAUUGAGUUCGUGAUAGAGCAAGUCAAUACCCUGCUUGUCAAUGUGUACUCCAAGUCAAUAUUUAGUCCUUGAGGAGAUGCAAUUUUUUCCCA